UGACCUGAUGUUCUGUCUGAAACUCUGCCGGUCUGUCUGGAGUGAGUCCAUCCUGUGGAUCCCCUCUUUGCACCUUUGGUAGAAGCUGUGGAUGCAGGCUGAAAGGCAACAUGAUUGACUAUGAGCGUCCCUCUCCAUUAGGCUUCGGGCCGGCUGGGAGGAGUGUGUUGGUUCCUGAGCUCCCAGCACACACAUAUACACACACUCUGACAGCCAUGCCUCAGAGAUACUCUCACCAGAGGAGGAAAGCCAGCACAGCGGCUGCUAGGAGGAUGGAGAGGAGACGCAGGGACCAGGGGAAAAUCAGCAACAACAACAACCCAACCGGCAACCACAACCACCGCUCCAAGAAGCUGGCCAUGCUCUCCAGAUCCCUGAUCCUGUGUCACUCUAAGACUACUGAUGACUGUGUAGAAGAGAGGCAUGCUGGGGAAGUGUCAGAUGGGUGCAGGACAUGGGGUCCAAGCUGGAGGACGGACGUGGCUGCUGGGGAUCAUACAGGGUACAGAAAUACAGACAAUGGACACUGUAGGACGACCCAGCAAUCGACCCUGGAGAAAAGAGGAGGCAGUAAGGCAGAUGAUCAGCUGCACCAUACCACUACACUCAGGGAGAAUAAGAGGAGCAUAAGGAGGUCCUUCAGCAUCAAGGAGAGUAGUAUCUGGAGAAUGUGUGUAGCCACAGGACCUGCUGAGGAGGUGUGUGGACCACAAAUGGCUGAUAACAGCGUCCAGACGGAGGACAAAGACACUAAUGUGGAGCCAGGGAGGAAUGGAGGGAACCUACACAGAGGCUGCAGCUUCCUGAGCCCAGACAAGCUGGCACCCUUUAACGGACAGUUUCUAAAUGGCAGUGCUUGGAUGGAGGGGGAGGGAACGAGGAGUGUUCACAUUAAAGCCUAUAGUGAGGACAUUUCCACAUGUGAGGACACUGUCCAUACGCGUGGUCUGACCACAAGCCCACAGCACUCGGUUUUCUUUUCCCCAUCUGAUCCCCUGUCGUUGCCUGGAUACACAGAUGAAGAGCUUCUAGCCAACAAUAACCACCUGAAGUUACCCAUCCCAGAGGUGAAUGAGGAGAAAUGCUGGGAAUCAGAGAAGACUGAGCAGAGCCCAUCAAGACAGCCAGCCAGCAACAGGACACGGUCCAAUUCAACCAGUGUUCAGCCGUACUGGAUUGGGGAUUUGGACAGCAUCAUCAUGAAGACUCCAGAGCUGUAUACCAGUCACCCUCAUGGGAACGGUGGUUUAUAUGGAAACAGGAAGUCUCUGUCCCAGCAGUUGGAGUUUCCUCACACCACAACACAGCCUGUGCACCGUCCCUCCCGCUCUCUCAGCUCUGCCCAGCUGGUCCACUCCUGCAGCAACGUGCAGGCCUUCAUAAUCUGUAAUAUUGUGCUCAUGAAGGGACACGGCAAGGGUCUGGGCUUUAGUAUUGUGGGUGGGAGAGACAGCAUGUAUGGACCAAUGGGGAUCUAUGUCAAAACCAUUUUCGCCGGAGGGGCAGCAGCUGCUGAUGGACGACUGCAGGAGGGUGAUGAGAUCCUGGAGCUGAAUGGAGAGUCUCUGCAUGGUUUGACUCAUGAUGAAGCUCUGCACAAGUUCAAACAAAUCAAAAAGGGUCUGUUGACUCUAGUGGUGAGGACCAGCCUACGUAUGGGGGCACUGUGUGGUCAAGUGCAGGUAGCUCAGCUGUGCAGGUCCAGGUCCCUCAGCUCCACCACAGGCAUGGCGAGGGUCAGUGCUGACAUGGGAGACUACAACUACCUGAACAACACCUGCAGUAACACGCUGAGUGUCCCGGUUCAGUCUGCUAAACCAAGAGACCGUAUCAUGAUGGAGAUCAUCCUGCAGAAAGAGGCUGGCGUUGGUCUGGGUAUUGGACUGUGCUGUGUUCCAUCUGGUGACGGAUGCCCUGGCAUCUACAUCCACACGCUCUCUCCUGGAUCUGUAGCACACAUGGAUGGUAGACUCAGGUGUGGAGAUGAGAUCAUGGAGAUCAAUGACACUGUGGUUUACAACAUGGUGCUGAAUGACGUGUACACAGUCCUGAGCCAGUGCACACCAGGUCCAGUCCACAUCAUCAUCAGUCGCCACCCCGAUCCCAAAGUGUCAGAGCACCAGCUGAAUGAUGCCAUUGCUCUGGCAGUGGAAAACAGCAAACUGAGAAAGGAUAAGAGCCAGUGGAGUAUUGAUGGCCUGCGCAGGCUGGACUCCUGCUCUCACAGCCGGCAGAGGUGUCAGCACUGUCUGGAGAGGAGUUUCAGUCAGCUCACGGUUCGACGGGCUCAGAGGACCAUGACCCGCUCCUGCAGCGACAACACCAGCAGCCAGCAACACAGCCGCUGCCUCACCAUCCACAACCUCCACAACACACACCAUAACCCAUCCACUCGUGUCCACAGCCUAGACACACCAAAGUCCAUGACAGACACAUGGUCUGACAACAGACUGUCAGUGCCUGUGUAUCCUGAUGAAGACUACAACAUCCCAUACAACUCUGCUACUGCCAGCCUCUCCAGUCAGCAGGCCCUGGAUCUGGCCUUCAGGGGCAACAAGUCCAACAACAGGGUGCGGGCUGCUCCACGUCGGUACUGCUGGCCUCAGGAUGUGACCAGUGAGGAGGGUUACAAUGGAGACUCCAGUGGUUCCAGCAGAGGGUCCCCAGUUAGAGACGACGGACUGGAGCCCUCAUCACACGGCAGCUGCCAGCAGGAAGGAGAACGAAUAAGAGAACAGUCAGAGGGGAGCAAAGAAGAUCUGACCCAUCCAGGCUCUGCAGCCUGCACCGACGACAGACUGCACAUAGGUGAUUCAUCAGCGGUGCUCUGCUCACAGCCAAAGAGAGGAGCUCUGAGGAGGCAGGCUCGUGUCGAACAACAUACCCAAGAGCAGCCACAGGAUCCCUGGGUUCGCCUUUCAGACAGUUCCCCUGAAGAACCGCCUGAGAUCCACCACCAACACACUGCAGACAACACCCAGCCUGUCAGCAUCCACAGCAAACCUGCCACUAUGAGUGACGAAGAGAACGCCGCCGAGAUCAAUGGCACAACCACAGAUGUGACUUCAGAUCCUCCGUCCAGCAUGACCCCUGAAAACGAGUCCGAAACUAUUCCGGAGUUGAAGAAGGGUCCCCCGGUGGCACCCAAACCUGCCUGGUUUCGCCAGAGUCUGAGGAAAAUUCGAGACGAGCAGGACCAGAAGAAGCAAGCUAAACCUGCAGAGCAGAGGCCUUCUGUGGGUUCCAACAGGAGCUUUGGAGUCAGAUCCGCUUCAUCUGGAGCCAACCUGUCAAUCAAACAGAAGAUCCACUCAUUUGAGACUUUUUCCAGUCCAGGGAGUCCAGAGAAGGGAAAUGGAAGGGUCCACAGGCCUCCCGUGGCCCCUUCCACCUCCCUUCCUCCAAUAGAGAAGGAGUCCAGGAGUCGCCGUGUUUCACAUGAAGGUUGUGGGGACAGCAAGCAUGAAAUCCCUGAAGAGAUCCAGUCAAACCAGUCUUCAUCUGUUCAGGAGACAGACAACACUGUCUCUGCCUCACCCUCUACCAUCACCUCCUCCUCUUUUGAAGCUUGUAGUCAAACAACAGCAAAAGUCUGUGAAGAUGAACCUCCCUCCAGCCAGACCCCCACAGAUCUGCCACCCUCUGACACCGUCAGCACUGAUCUGGACUCUGGGAUGAAUGAUUCUCAUUCAGUUCCAGCCCAUGAUGACAGCAGUGUCUCACCAUCCAAACAAGAGUCUGAGCUGGAGAGAGCGGAUCAAAGCAGGGUCCCACCCCCUGAGACAUCUGUGAGAUCCAGUCACGAUGAAGAGGAAAGUCCUCCAGAGGGGACGGAAGAGGACGUAGCACAGAGCCAAGGAAAGCUGCAGAGCCCAACUCUGAGUGCUGGUCUACCUGCAGACAGUAACUCCACGAGAGGCUUGGAGGAAGAGGGUUUAGGGAAAAUUAUCGCCUUCAGUAACCAGGUUUCACAAGCACUGAUGCGCUCUCUGCCAACGUCCUCCAGCCACAGUAACCCUCGCUCCUCAAACCAGCAGGACCCCUCUGCACCGGAUUUGACGAACCCUGAGGAGAGUGAGGCUGCUGCAGACGGCAGCGACAGAGGCUUCUCUGUCAGCCUGGCCACACUGAGAGAGUGCACCAUCGAGAGAGGGGAGGGGGGAUCUCACGACGAGCCAGGAGUCACUUCUGCUUGUGCUCACUCUGUCAUCUCAGCCAUCCCUUCACAGGAAAUACAGACGUUGAUCGAGGAAGUCUCAACCUUGGAUGAAGACACACUGAAGCAACUGGUGGACAUCCAUGUUGUGAUUCUACAUAAAGAGGAGGGAGCUGGUCUGGGCUUCAGCAUCGCUGGAGGGUCUGACCUGGAGAGCAAAGCUCUGACAGUCCACAAAGUGUUUCCCAGCGGCCUGGCAGCUCAGGAGGGCACCAUUCAGAAAGGAGACGAGGUGUUGUCUAUAAAUGGACAAACACUGCGUGGUGUCACUCAUGCUGAUGCCACCGCUGCUCUGCGUCAGGCCCGCUCUCUGAAUCUGGCUGUGGUGGUCGUCUGCAAGAGAACAGAGGAGGAAGCCAGAGAGGGAGGAGGCUGCAGGAGAGAGGAGCCCACCCCUGCAGUGGAGGAGCAGGGACCUCCGGUGAGUGUGGAGCUGGAGAAAGGAGCUGGAGGAGUUGGUUUUACUCUGGAGGGAGGAAAAGGCUCCAUCCAUGGAGACAGACCUUUAGUCAUCAACAGGAUCUUCAAAGGAGGAGCCGCGGAGCAGAGCGGUCUGCAGUGUGGAGACGAACUGCUGCAGGUCCAGGGAGUCAGUCUGCAGGACAUGACACGCUUUGAGGCCUGGAACAUGAUCAAGGCUUUACCUGAAGGAACCAUCACGGCGGUGAUCAGGAGGAGGCAGGGAGCGGCAGAAUGAGACACAGCUGCUGGGAGCUGCUCACACAUGAAGAAAGAAAAAGAAAGCAAAACAAUUAACAGCACUUGAAGCACAUCAGUGUUGACCUUCAGUCAGUGUGGUUCACCUUUCACUGAAUGGAUUUCUAUUUUUUUCUAAUUUGACUUUUAUGCCUACAUAGUAAAAGUGUAUUAAAGGGUCAGUUCACCCAAUUGCCCCAUAAAAUCCACAUCUUCUUACUUACCCCUGAUGCUCCCUACCUUCAGUAGAAAUAGUUUCAGUGAUAGCUCUAUAGUUCUGAACAGAACCGCAGAGCCUGAGCAGUGUCAUGCACACAGAGACAUAAAUCACGCUCUGAAAUGAAUCAUUUGCGUGCACAGUCCAUUCAUUGUUGUCCCUGAAUCAUUGAAUUUGUGCUCUUGAAUCAAGUCAAAGGUAAACACACUGGUGUUCAACAGGAAAACACGCAAAAAUCCUAACUUUAGAAACUAACUUAAGCAGCUCAUGUGGAUCAGAUGGUCCAAAGUCUGACAACGACCACCGUUCAUUCUGUGUUAGGCCACACAGUGGAGUAUGUGCAGCUGACUGAUUGCAGCCCAUGCUGGCCAGUAUUAGUGAAACACUUAAUGUUGACCCCACAUGGACCAAUGUAACAAAUGUGAUAGCCACCAUCAUUAAUGUGAAGUAAUGAAUGAGGAAUGUGGAGGCACAUCAGAUCCAAAACACAGCUGAUGGCCUGCAGCCAACACAGUAACAGGUGUUUUACCUUUGACAUCCAUUCAAUACAAUGUUAAAAUGUUAACGUCAUGUUUGAUGCAAACAACAGAAGUCAUUCGAGAGCGUGAAACAGUCAUCAGUGCACAUGAAUUAUUCACUCAAAAGAAAGACUGUUUUCUUUCUUAGCUGAAGGAACAGAGUUAAGGCGUCCUCAGAAAUCUUUUCUUUCUUCAUGCUCACUCUAAAAUGAGGUGGUGAAUACAGUCUUUUCUUAAGAUAAAUGGUAUAUUUUGUUUAUAUUAGCCACGACUGUAAGAUGCAGUAAAACAAGUUUAGGUAAAAAUAGAAAAAAUAAAUAAUAAUAAUAACAAAUUGGGUAAAUAGCUUUGGAAAGCCAACACAUGCUUCAAAUAUUAUUUCAUUCCACAGUAGUGAAGUGAACUGAACAGUUUCACCCACUCUGUCCUUCACAGUAUGACACAGCGAGCCACAGAUCAGACCAUGUGAGCCACUUAACAUAUCAUGAAAGGCUGAUUUUGGCUAAUAAGAGGCAGGUGGUUCUCCCCUCGCUACAGCAGCUGCCUCACAGCUCUGUGUGAAAGUCUAGAAAACGGUUCAGUCUGAUUCCGUUCAGACGUUUGCACAGAUCUGAAGGAGAAGGGAAGAGCUGCAGGAGACAGGCAUGAUAAAAGCAACACCUGCAAUUCACACAACAAUUCAUCCCAAUACAAAAGCCCCCGCAACAACUCUGUGCUGCUCUUGUACUGGACCUGAUUAAGAUUGCGAUGCAUUCAAGUACAUCUGUUCAUCAGGUGUUGUUUGGAAAAAAUCAAAAAACAAAAACAAAUAAAUAAGCAGUCAGUGUAAAGGAAGAGAAUCUUAUAUAUUAGAGUAAAUGUCUAUUUUUCUCAGCAGUGGUCGUGUAUGUAUGUGGAAGCAGAUCAAACACUGUUAAGCACUUUUGUUGACUCAGUAGCUUUGAGUUUGACCCUUUUACCAUUUCACAAAGUUUUCAGUCAAACCAACCUCAGCUGGAAUGUUACAGAGCUGUGUUUGUGUCUCAGUCCUGAGCAGGUGACAGGACAUUUACAGCUCAGAGGAAGAUUUUUUUUUUUUUUCUUUUUUUCUUUGCAAGCACAUAAAUUAAAUUUUGGGGAGAAACCAUCACUCAGUCCCCUCUGUGCUCAAUAAAUGCAUUUGUGCGUUUAUUACAUCCACAAAAGCACACAAUAAGAACACAGACGACAGACACUAUGAGCAGGUGUCCAAGGGUUUGACAUUUCAUAGAGCAGGGAAUCGAGAGAGGGACAGAGAGAGAGAGAGAGAGAGGGCAGAUGUGCAUUUUUAACACUGAAGCUUUAUUGAACAUAGAGCAGAUUUCUUUUCUCAAAUUAAAAUCUUGGCAUGGUAAUAAUUUCUCUGCAAAAUAUAACCUAUGUGCAUGCAGUCUCUCACCAGGUUUAUAAAAUGUGCAGGAUUAAGACACAAACAUAACACCACAGACCCACAAAACAUGUUUUUGAUGAAGGUACACUCAAAAGAAAAAUCACAAUUUAAAAAAACAAAAAAAAACAAAACUAUGUUUAUAAAAUGAGUUACAUCUGCUGUAAGAAUUCAAAAGAACUUGUAUAAAACUGUUCAAAACUG